CAUCUUCAUCUCCCUGACGAAAGGCACGCUGAGGUAAACCAGAUGGCCUGGUGGAAAGCCUGGAUUGAACAGAAGGGUGUCUCGGUGAAGAGCAGUCGCCACUUCAACCCAGACCCCGAUGCAGAGACCCUCUACAAAGCUAUGAAGGGGAUCGGGACCAACGAGCAGGCCAUCAUUGAUGUGCUCACACAGAGAAGCAACGCACAGAGGCAGCAGAUCGCCAAGUCCUUCAUGGCUCAGUUUGGCAAGGAUCUCAUCGAGACGCUGAAGUCGGAGCUGAGCGCCGAGUUCGAGAGGCUCAUCAUAGCCCUCAUGUACCCUCCAUACAGAUACGAAGCCAAGGAGCUGUACGACGCCAUGAAGGGCUUAGGAACCAGAGAGGGCGUCAUCAUCGAAAUCCUGGCUUCUCGGACCAAGAACGAGCUGCAGGAGAUAAUGAAGGCAUAUGAGGAGGACUAUUGGUCCAGCCUGGAGGAAGACAUCCAAGCAGACACCAGCGGCUACCUGGAGAGGAUCCUGGUGUGCCUCCUGCAGGGCAGCAGAGAUGACUUGUGUGGCUUCGUGGACCCAGGACUGGCCCUGCAAGAUGCACAGGAUCUCUACGCAGCGGGUGAGAAGAUUUGUGGGACUGAUGAGAUGAAAUUCAUCACCAUCCUGUGCACGCGCAGUGCCACACACCUGAUGAGAGUGUUUGAGGACUAUGAGAAAAUGGCCAGCAAGAGCAUUGAGGACAGCAUCAAGAGUGAGACCCACGGCUCACUGGAGGAGGCCAUGCUCACAGUGGUGAAAUGCACCCGGAACCUCCACAGCUACUUUGCAGAGCGCCUCUACUAUGCCAUGAAGGGAGCUGGAACUCACGAUGGGACCCUGAUAAGAAUCAUCGUUUCGAGGAGUGAGAUUGACUUAAAUCUCAUCAAGUGUCGGUUCAAGGAGAUGUACGGCAAGACCCUCAGCAGCAUGAUCGUGGAAGACACAAGCAGCGACUACAAGAAUGCCCUGCUGAACCUGGUGGGCAGUGACCCCUGA